UCGCUGCUGUCGCCGCUGUCGCCUCCGCCCCAGCCUCCUCCGCUGCCGCGCCCGCUGUGGCCGGGACGCUGGACUCGGGUCUCCGCUGCCGUCCGAGGGGAGCGGGCUCCGCUCGGCGCUGUCUCUCUGCGACCUGGCCGUCAGCCCCACGUCGCCGGCCUGGAGGGGCGAGGAAGACGCGGGGGCCCAGGCUUCCCCGGGGGACAUUGGCUCUCUGGAUUAUCAGGAGUUAGUAGUUGAUGUUGAGUCCAAGCUGAGGAUGGAAGGAGUGGAGCUUAAAGAAGAGUGGCAAGAUGAAGAUUUUCCAAUACCUUUACCAGAAGAUGAUAGUAUUGAAGCAGACAUAUUAGCUGUAACUGGACCGGAGAGCCAACCUGCUUCACUAGAAGUUAAUGGAAAUAAAGUAAGAAAGAAACUCACAGCCCCAGACAUCAGCUUGACACUGGAUCCUGCUGAUGGCUCUGUGUUGUCCGAUGACCUAGAGGAGAGCGGGGAGAUUGACCUGGACGGCCUGGACACCCCGUCCGAGAACAGCAAUGAGUUUGAGUGGGAAGAUGAUCUUCCCAAACCCAAAACUACUGAAGUUAUUAGGAAGGGGUCAAUUACUGAAUAUACAGUAGCAGAGGAAAAAGAAGAUGGACGACGCUGGCGUAUGUUUAGAAUUGGAGAACAGGACCACAGGGUUGAUAUGAAGGCAAUAGAGCCCUAUAAGAAAGUUAUCAGCCAUGGAGGAUAUUAUGGGGAUGGAUUAAAUGCCAUUGUUGUGUUUGCUGUUUGUUUUAUGCCUGAAAGUAGUCAACCAAAUUAUAGAUACCUGAUGGACAAUCUCUUUAAGUAUGUUAUUGGCACUUUGGAGCUGUUAGUAGCAGAAAACUACAUGAUAGUUUAUUUAAAUGGUGCAACAACUCGAAGAAAGAUGCCCAGUCUGGGGUGGCUCAGGAAAUGCUAUCAACAAAUUGAUCGAAGGUUACGGAAAAACCUGAAAUCUCUAAUCAUUGUACAUCCAUCUUGGUUUAUCAGGACUCUUUUGGCUGUUACAAGACCAUUUAUUAGCUCAAAAUUCAGCCAAAAAAUUAGAUACGUCUUUAAUCUGGCAGAACUAGCAGAACUUGUACCCAUGGAAUAUGUUGGCAUACCAGAAUGCAUAAAACAGUAUGAAGAAGAAAAGUUAAAAAAGAAACAAAAACAAAAAAGAGUCGACCAAGAGCUUAAUGGAAAGCAAGAUGAACCAAAAAGUGAACAGUAAGUUUGGCGUCUGGCGCAGCGAGCCUGAAGAAAGUGCCGAGGAAGCAGUGCUCUUUUUGCACUUAUAAUGCGUCUGUUGGCCCUGAUUUUAUGUAACCUGUCACAAAAAUAACUUGACUUUCCUUAAUGGACUUUUGUGUAAGGAACUGUUCACUGCUGUAUCAGUUGCAAAUCUCUUGCAAAACAGUUGCAAAUCUCUUAGUUAAUUAUGUUGUAAUCGUUUUAUAUUUUAUAUUACUAAAUAGCAGAGAACCGUACUUUAUAUAAAGCUGUUUUUGCAUUUGUUUAUUGAAUUAUGCAUCUUCUUCAGUAAAAUAUUUAUAUGUCUAAGUGGUAAAGGAAAGAGAUAAUAUAUAUUUUUUAUGUUUUUGAGCAAUAUUUUGUAAUUAUACCUGCUUGUGAAAGGAUAUGCAGGUAAAUAAGACCAUGAUUUGUACAGAACAUGUUAAAAUUUCUGUUUUUGUAAAUGGUUAAGAACAUUUCCUAAGUAACUUAGAAAACAAAGUUGCUCAUGAGAUGAGGGACAGUUAAAACUGGUUCUCAUGAUUGCCCAAAGGUCAUGCACAAGACAUUUUAAGUAGGUUAGUACAAUCCUAAGACUUUCCUCUCAUUUUAUGUAUAUUAUUGAUUCAGAUGUGCAAGUACAAGUGCAUUGCACACUUUAUUAAAUUUAAAGAUAAGUCAAAAGGCCAUUUUUUAGAACUAAAGAAUUUUGAGAGUUAGCAUUUCUUGUGGAUAUAUGGAACAUGUUUCCUUCUGGCCAAAAGUUGUACUUUAAAAAAAAAAAAUACUGAGGUUUGCUCACUAAUGUGAAGUAAUUGUGUGCCCAGGGUAUCACUCUCCUGAAUUUGAGUGCAGUGUAGUAUUCAGAGAAUGAUGAGUUAUUCACUGUCACAACUUUUCUGUAGAAAAACGAGCUGCUUUUGAAUUUCAAUGUGGGCACUUUACCAAAAUACUUCCAUAUUGGUUAUUUAAACUUGAUAAGUGUUUAACCUAGUUAGAUAUAGUGUGUUUUUACGUUUUCUGUUGAAUUAUUUUCUGUUGAAUUACAGUACUAGCAAAGCUAGUACUGUAAAUUAAGCUAAUUUUUUAACUCUUAGAGCAUUAUUAUAUUAUGCUAUUUUGGGAUGGCACAUAUAAAAUAGGCACAUAAACUCCAUAUUUGAUUUGGUCAGUGCUUUUACUCUACAUUUAAUAAAAUUGUUCUUAACAUCCCUAAACAGAACAAAAUUUAAAAAAGCACCAUAAUAUGACAGAUUAAUCUAAUACUGCAUCACCCACCUGGGAAGCUCAGUAUCCUCUUGAAUUAAGAAAUAUACCUCACUUCUUCUACAGGGCACAUGCGAUGCGUACCCUAGAGUAGCAGAACUGAAGCCAAUCAGAGCUAAGCUUUUUAGAUUUGUUUCUGUUCAAAACACGCAGAAUCCUUUUACUGUUGCCAUGUUUUGUAUAAAACUUCUACUACACAAGAGAAUUGCCCUUUACUUUUGCCAUCCUCUGUCAUAAGGUGGCAUGCUGCUUUAAAGUCCGGUGGGAGUUCCCAGAGGCUUCCUCAUAAUGACAUGCUCCAAGGCAGCUUCCUGACUUUGACUCAGGUCUUUGCCUUGUGGGCAGAUCCUGAACAAUCGAGAUAGUGAAUAAAAGCCAAAAACCAUUCUUGCUUGUAAAAGCAAACUAACAAUUAACAAUUUUAACAUACAUUCCUUCUGAAUUGACCAUAUAAGGGUUAUGGAUAAAGGAUCUUAAUGAAUUUAAUGUGAUUAAAAUUUAUAUAUGUUGAGUGUUUUCCUAUAGUCCUUACUGACACUCAAAAUGAAGCUUUUUAACAUGUGGUUUUCCUCCACAUAAAAAAAAGGGUGUUCUUCAGUUUAAAAAAAAAUACCAGUAGUCAUUUUAGUGCUUUAUGUUGACUAUUGCUUUUGCAAGCAUUGUUUCUGUUGAUAUACACUGUUACAAAAGUGAGUUUUACUAAGACCUUUUAAAAGAGGAAGUUACUCUACUAUUAGAACAUUAAGUUCAGGAGGAAUAGUGAUGAUACUUGGGGUCUGACUAAGGGAAUGUGCUGUGAAUCACACAAUGUGCCUCUCUUCUACCUUAUGGAGUCUGGCACAGCAGCAUUCCCUAUAGUUAUUAAGACUUAAGAUCAUAACUGGUAGGCUAGAGGAAAAGUAUGUAUUAACUUUAAUUGGAUGCUUUUGCCCCUAUUUUUUGUUUAUAUUUGAACUAUGAGUGCUGCUUCUGUCAAAAGGUCCAUGCAUAAAAUAAUCUAAUUGUGUCUCUGGCUUGGUCAUAUCCUUCAGUAACACCAAGAAAAGAUGUUACAGUGACUGCAGUUUAAGCUUAAUAAUCGUGAACUGGGGUCAGGGAGAAUGAAUGAAGGAAUAUGAUUGUAAGUAAGGCCUAAAAGACCUUUGGAGAGGAAGAUGACAAAAAAUAAGGAAGAAAGAAAAUUAUAGGGGCUAGAAAGUGUACAACAGAUAGAGCACUUACCUUGCAUGCAGCAAGUCCCACCAGAAGUGAUUUCUGAGUGCAGGGCCAAGAGUAACCCCUGAGCAUUACCUGGUACAGCCAAAAAGCAAGGGAAAAAAGAAAAUUCUAGAGGAGUAAAGAGUUCUUUUGAGUAUAAGAUGCCAUCGAAUGACUGUCCGGGACAAGGGGUAGUACUGUAUGUGGCAUCAGGAAAACUGGCAAGAAUGAACAGAGUGUGUCUAAGGAGACAGCAGAGAGGAGCUGCUGCCUGUAGGAGAGCUUCCUGUUCCUGUGAUCUCUUGCUACAGAAGCAAAUUUGAACAGAGAGGAGAACAGAUUAAAUUUAGUAGUAGGUCAUUUUUCAUGCUUAAGGGUUAUAAGCAUAAAUAUAAUCUUCAAAGUGGAAAUCACCUUAGUAACUGCACUGAACACUGAAACAUGCGAAUGGUAAUGAGUGUAUAUCAGAACUCCUUCGGCUGCAAUUCUAGAAUUUAAAGAAAGUAAUCUCUUUUGGGGAUCGAUCUUGUAAACUUCUUGGCUAUAAGGCAUUAUAAGUUGGCCAUUUUAUGAAUCUAUUCAGGCAGUUUGGAAGUUUCCAAUUCAGUACAAAAAUAACUCUUGAUUUCUUCUAUGGAUAAAGUCCAGGUUAUUGAAGAGACUGGAGCUUCAUCAUGAGGCCGGGACUCCAGCCUUCCUUUGCUCAUGUGAAAAAUUACUGACUUUGUUCUAUCAGAGACAGGAGAAAUCGACAGAAAAUAGAGAUUGUGACCACUGUUCUAUAUAAGUAUUUAAGAAAUGUAUCUCAAAUCUCAGAAAAGGUGGGCUAGGUGGAGGUGUUAAUGUACUUGUAAAUUACAACUAUUCUAUUAGAGAACAGAAGUUACAUGGUUUAAGUGCUGGGAGAAGAACACUUAGAUUUGCAAGGCUGUGUCUGCUGUUAGUGUGGGGGGAAGGUAAUGGGAUAUUACCCAAACUAUUCUAGGGAGCCCCUCUACCCUCCUCCCACCCCAGGAUUCAGAAUUAAUUAAAAGAAGGUCAAUGGUAAGUCCCUAAUGGAAUGUUCCUUUAAAAUUAUAAAUGGUAAUUGGAAGAGAAUAACACUAAAAUUAGAAGAGGGGCCAAAGAGAGAGUACAGUAGGUAAGGCACCUCCUUUGCACACAUCCAUACCAGCACCCUUAUGGUCCCCCUAGCCCACCAGAACUGAUCCCUGAGUGCAGAGCCAUUUUGGGCCCAAAAGCAGACCAAAAAAAUAAAAUGAAAAUAGAACUUUAUUGCAAUUAUGUAUUACAAAAUAAAAGCUAUAAAAUGCUGACAACAGGUAAAGACUAGGUGAAAGUCAAGUAUCUAAUACUUGUCAAUUAAUAGGGAAUAAAUAAACUGGUUGCUUCAAGAUAGUCUGAUUCAAUCAUAAGGCAUUCCACAAAAGGUUAAGACAUUUUCACUUUGAAAUUUCUGUGCAUUUUCACAUUCAAUAUGACUAAGAAGAAAUUUGAAAAAUAUAUUACUCCCAUGUUUUUUAGAAGAAAGAAAUGUGUUUUUUUAAUGGACUUUGAAGUUUUGCACUGCCUUUACUUUAUUUACAUUAUUCUGGCUAAUCUCAGUAGUGUUCAGGGCAACUGACUUGCCCAGCUCUUGAGGAUGGCUCAGCGUUCUUAGCCAACACAAUUCAGAGUUGGUUAGGUAGGAAUGCACUUUGACAAACAUUUUAUCAUUUUCUCACCAUAAACUUAUACUGCCAUUUCGAUAGUGUUCUGUGGUCUUUUUACUACUAUUCAAAUGAUAUUACCUAGCUUAGAGUUGCCAUUUUAUAGUGUGAGAAAAUCAGUUUUGAUGACUGUGUGCAAGAUGUAGAUGACCCUGUAAAAAUAGGCUGUUUCUCCAUUAACUAAGGAGAGGCAGUAUUUUAUUUUGACUGUUAGGAUUUCAGUUAACUUGUGUCCUGGUUUGUUGCACAUAUUUUUGCAACAUUAAUGAACUUAAAUAAAUUCAUUGGAAAGACUGUU